AUGGCUUCGACCUCGUUCCGCGAAAGCAUGAAUUCUCUGGGCUGGUCCCGACGAGAUCCCGAUCUUCCAGCUCGAACGGACUCCUCGUCAACGACACCCAUUCUGUCCAGGUUGACCUCCCUGAACCCGUUUGGUAGAGGAGAGGGAUACCUGCGACUUCCCACCCAUGAAGCUCCUGGGGCACCGUUACCUGCUCCAUCAAGACGAGAGGAAGAGGAGAGUUUCUUUGCCUUGAGCCGUUGGGACCGCAUGCUCAUCUUCGCCGGAUGUAACCUUGGAGCAGCUGUUUGUUUUCUACUCUGCUUCGUUCUAUGGCCAGCCUUGACUCUGAAGCCACGGAAAUUCGCUAUCUUGUGGUCGGUGGGAUCUGUUCUGUUUUUGACGUCAUGGGCAGUCCUUAUGGGACCAUUAACUUAUACUCGACACCUUCUUUCCGGGCCGCGUCUCCCAUUCACUGCAGCCUACUUUGGAUCUAUUGCGCUGACAUUAUACUUUGCUGUUGGGCUCCAUCAGAGUCUUCUCACCUUGAUCGCUGCCAUCUUCCAACUUGUCGCCCUCCUCUGGUACUUGGUCAGCUAUUUCCCAAUGGGCAGCACCGGCCUGCAAUUCAUGGGCCGAUUUGGCGUGCAACGCGUCACUGCCUGGGUGAGUGGUUGA